UCAUUAGCGAAAGGGCUACUGUUAUGCAUAAUCCAAAGAACUCCACAUCAAAUCAAAUUUUUGCUACAAUGAGUAACCAGACACGAGCAGAAGCACUCAAGAAAUCACUUCGUCCAGAAGUUUCCAACAAAAACCCCGGUUCUGGGACGUCGGAACCUUCACCGACACCGAAGGAGCCCAAGGUUACUGGUUUGGGUGUUUGGAGAAAGCUGGGAGAAAUAUUUGAUAUCAGUCCCAAGGUAACGGCCGACAAACUGGCCGAGCCGACAGCAAUGUCUACGUCUAGCCCCAACCCUCUUCAGUCAAUGGUACCGGCCGAAGAAUCGAUAAAAACCGCGCCUCUAGCUCAGAAAGGCGGCUCACGUGACUCGAAAGCCCAAUCUGAGCAGAGUUCGAAGAGCACCACAAAAGAAGAUCGUCCAUAUAAAUCAGCUCUUCGUGCAGCCAUAGUAGACCGCCUACUGCAAGAUCUGAGGAAGAUGUCCUCUGCCAAGGGCUCCGAGAUGGCUCGGGCAGAGUCAGAUCUCAUCGAAAUCCUACACGAUUAUCAAACAGACCUCAUGGACGACGAUGAGCACACCAUAGCUGGAGAACCGUUUCAAGGUGUGCGCAUCCACGACAACGUCGCCAUCCCGGUCGUCUACCAGGCGGUGCCGAUCAAGAUGGAGGGUCUCACACACCACCGCAUCAUGGUCCGCUCCAGCCGACCGCGUGGCCCCCGGCACCACUCAACAGGUCGACGCAAGGUCACCUUCAAUCCGCCGUAGAAUCGCAUCCG